UGUAGGAGGAGGAGGCUUCGGGCAGUCCUGUGUAUAUGUGUGUGAGAGUGCGUGUGUGUGAGUGUGUAUGUGUGCAAGCUAGUCCCGCGGGGGGAUACGGUGUUACAUUUUAAGAAAGAGUGAUCCACAAGAACUUCCUGCAGGGAAUGAACUGAAUAUACUAAUUGAUUACCUCUUUGCUGAGUUUUGUUUAUGCAAGAGAUUCAACAUACCAGUUCCGAUCUUGAAAAAUAAUUUCAGAAGUAGCCUUUGUACUGGAACUGAGACAGGAGAAGCUGUGUACCAUGCAUUAGGAUACUGAAGAGAAAUAAUUCUAGAAUUAAAUAGUUAUUUGGAUUGUGAAGAAGAAAAGGAGAAAGCAAAAAUGGGACGGAAGAAAAUACAGAUUACUCGGAUUAUGGAUGAAAGGAACAGACAGGUGACUUUUACGAAGAGAAAAUUUGGCUUGAUGAAGAAAGCCUAUGAACUUAGUGUGCUUUGUGACUGUGAAAUAGCACUCAUCAUUUUUAACAGCUCUAACAAACUAUUUCAAUAUGCCAGCACUGACAUGGACAAAGUCCUCCUCAAGUAUACAGAAUAUAAUGAACCUCAUGAGAGCAGAACUAAUUCGGACAUUGUUGAGGCUCUGAACAAGAAGGAACACAGAGGGUGCGACAGCCCGGACCCUGAUACUUCAUAUGUGCUAACUCCACAUACAGAAGAAAAAUAUAAAAAAAUAAAUGAGGAAUUUGAUAAUAUGAUGCGGAAUCAUAAAAUCGCACCUGGUUUGCCGCCUCAGAACUUCUCAAUGUCCGUUACAGUCCCAGUUACCAAUCAUAAUGCUUUGACCUACACUAAUCCAGGGAGUUCACUUGUAUCUCCAUCAUUGGCAGCCAGUUCAUCGUUAACAGACACAAGUAUGCUCUCUCCACCUCAGGCUACAAUGCAUAGAAAUGUGUCACCUGGAGCUCCUCAGAGACCACCAAGUACAGGCAAUACAGGUGGAAUGUUGAGUACUGCAGACCUCACAGUGCCAAAUGGAUCUGGUAAUAGUCCAGUGGGGAAUGGCUUUGUAAACUCAAGAGCAUCUCCAAAUCUGUUAGUAUCUACUGGAGGAAGUAGUUUAGGCAAAGUAAUGCCUACAAAAUCUCCCCCUCCUCCUGGAAGUGGAAGCCUUGGAAUGAAUAAUCGAAAACCAGACCUUCGAGUAGUUAUUCCCCCUUCUAGCAAGGGUAUGAUGCCUCCAUUGUCGGAGGAGGAUGAAUUGGAGUUGAAUUCUCAAAGGAUAAGCAGUUCUCAAUCUACCCAACCUCUUGCUACCCCAGUGGUAUCUGUGACAACUCCGAGCUUGCCUCCACAGGGACUUGUAUAUUCAGCCAUGCCUACUGCUUACAACACUGAUUAUUCACUUACUAGUGCAGACCUGUCAGCCCUGCAGGGAUUUAACUCCCCAGGAAUGCUGUCUUUAGGACAAGUAUCUGCCUGGCAACAACACCAUUUAGGACAAGCAGCCCUCAGUUCUCUUGUUGCUGGGGGGCAGUUAUCUCAGGGUUCAAAUUUAUCCAUCAACACCAACCAAAAUAUCAACAUCAAGUCAGAACCAAUUUCACCUCCCAGGGAUCGAAUGACCCCUUCAGGCUUCCCUCAGCAGCAGCAGCAGCAGCAGCAACAACAACAGCAACAGCAGCAGCAGCAGCAACAACAGGCCCGGCAGGAAAUGGGUCGCUCCCCUGUGGACAGUCUCAGUAGCUCCAGUAGUUCUUACGAUGGUAGCGAUCGGGAAGAUCCACGAAGUGACUUCCAUUCGCCUAUUGGGCUUGGCAGACCUCCCAACACUGAAGACAGAGAAAGUCCUUCAGUAAAGCGAAUGAGGAUGGACACCUGGGUGACAUAAAGCUACCGACGUGGCUGUUUUUAUUUUGUGUUACUGAAACGAACUGCCCUACAUAUCUAAAUUUAUA